GAUUGCUUGACACCUCAAUGACAGGAAAAGUUCAAUGUGAAAAAUCGGUGAGAGAUUUUGUGAAGUGAAGAAAAUGGAAAAUUAGUGGUUGAGAAGAAAAGAUUUAUGUGAUAAUGGUGUCUAUAAUAAAGAAUCAACUCCUCAAGCACCUAUCGCGAUAUACGAAGAAUUUGUCGUCGGAUAAGAUAAAUUUGAGCACUUUUCGGGGUGAAGGGGAGCUCUCGAAUUUGCAACUAGAUGAGAAUGUUCUCACGGAAUUGCUAGAAUUACCAUCCUGGCUGCGACUGACGUCAGCGUGGUGCAAUCAUGUGGCAUUCCGAAUACAUUGGACCAAACUGAAGAGUGUCCCAAUAACACUGAGUCUCGAUGAGGUGAACAUUUCCGUUGAGACGUGUGAAUUUGGGCGAAGCGGUGGGGGUGCUCCUACACCUGGGUUGCAAGCUUUAACGGCCCCACAAGGAAAAUAUAGCUUUAUCCACAAAGUCAUCGAUGGCAUUACGAUUAUUGUAAAUACGGUGAAUGUGAGUUUCAAGAGUCCCGCAUUUACGGCAUCGGUGCAGAUGUCGAGGAUACGUGUUGAGUCAAAGACACCAAAGUGGCUGCUUGGGGACUUGAGGGUGACACGCCUCAAGGACCCAACGCGUGGCUUGUUGCUCAUCUUCAAGGAGCUCUCAUGGCAGACGGUGCGCAUUGAGGCGAGUUCGACGCAGGAUGAGAGUCUCACCCCUUUGCGUCUACUCACGAAUCAAGCCAGCUGUAGGAUAACGAUAAAGAAGCGUCUGAGUGACUGCAAUGUCCUCAAUUGUCGCCUCGUACUCAUCCUCGAUGAUCUCUUGUGGGUCCUUACGGAUUCUCAGCUCAAAGCUGCCCUUCACUUUGUUGAUUCCCUGUCGGGCCUCAUAAAAACCUCCACGAAUGCCAAUCAGAAGACAAAGGCGCAAAAGAAGUUGGAAAUGCUGCCUGAGUAUCAAGCACAGAUUGCCCAACAAUCGCGUCAACCAGAUGCAGCUGGGAGUCAGACGACAGCACAGAAAUCCUUCAAUCUCUUCGAUGUGCGCGAGACGUCGUACCAUUUCUUCAGUCAGCGCAUUGAUUUGCAUCUGUGCGAUGAUCCAGGUGAUGGGAGAUCGUGUCAUCCGGACCUCCGGGAUGGUGGUGCACUCCAGAUUUCCGUUCAAGGCUUCCAAGUGGACUACUACCCUUACCAUCUGGCAAAAGCGAGUCGCAUUCAUUGGCCAAAGUACAAAGAGGCAUCAACCCCAACAGCUCUGUGGCUGGAGCAAUCACUCAAUCAAUUUCGCGAAUCAUUGUUGGAUCUCUAUCAACCCAAUCGCCCACCGAGUCAUGCACCCCUUGAGCGAACACCCAACAUUCAAGGCAAUGGUACAGCACCGGGAAGUCGCGAUAGCCCCUCAAUGCAGGAUUCUCCAGUGAAGAAGCAAGUUCUGGAUAAUUUAUCCAAGUUAAUGAGUGCGUGUGUUAUUCUCCGUAUAGAAGAUUUUACAUUGUAUCGCGUUACGACGUCGGGAAAAAAGCAAAUGCCAAAGGAAUUUAUAUCAGGUGAUAAGGAUCGUUACUCUUUCCCAACGGAAUUAUCAGCCGUUCAUGCGGAAUUCACUUAUUUCUACUAUCCGGGAGAUUUUGUGUUUCCAUUGCCUCCGUCCAAGAUUUUUGUUCAUAUAAAUCCAGUACAAAUUCACUUUGAUGUGGACAGUUUAUUGUGGUUGAGUUCUUUUGGUCUCAAUCUACACAAUAGCCUCAUGCGAACGUCCGUUGUGGACUCAAUGAAUGCCGCAUCACCACCCGGAGGGGCUAAUGAGCCGAGCUUAAUGUACAUGGAUGUGAAGAUGGAGGCAAUCCUCCCACGGGUUGUCUUUGAGUCAAAUAUUGAUGUUCCAUCGCAACGGGAUCGUCCGAAAAUAAUGCAAAUUCAAAUUUCACGGACGUCUGUGACGAAUAUUCGGGAAAUGGGAACAUCAAGGGCUGAUCUGGCUCAAGCACUGCACUCCCUGCAGGAAGGGAGUUUAGUCUUUUCAUCGGGAUUCCCCUCCAAGGAGGGAGAUUUGUGUAUUGUCACUGAUCGCAUACUUUCGCACGUGGCUGCGAGUGAUGUGACCCCCAGUGUUCCCUCCCAAGCGGGUUCACCGCAAUCCAAUGCCUCUGGGUCAAUUCUUUCGCGUCAUGCCCUCUGGACGGAGCCACGGGAUGUGUGGUGUGUAAAAUUGGAUCCAAUUUGGAUUGAAUUCUACGGAGCACGAUCAGUUGGGGUGAAUAAGGCAAUACCCUUCCUGGAUGCCGUCCCUGUGACUCUCUGGCUUCAUGGAAAGUCCGACGCAGAUGCCAAAUUCCUUCCUUUUGAGACGGAUUCAACAAGGAAUGCACGAAAAGGGCAGAAGGAAGCAUCGCGUCAAUCCUUUAGUGAUUUCAGGCAAUCCUCAACAGAUGGUGGGAUGUACUUAAUGCCAAACAUCCAGGAAGAUUUCUACUCCACGCAGCAACACUCGAAUAUGGCUUCAAAUCCAUUCCACAAUCAACAAUCCUUCGACAGUACCUACAGCUCCACACUUAAAUCCCAAAAUGCAGACUCAUCCAGCGAUGAGAAAUCCGCAGAUCUGCAUGUAAUUGCCCACGUGUCCAAUUUAGUUAGUCUCCAAAUUGAUCACUAUCAAUUCCUCUUCAUCCUCCGGCUGGCUGAGGAUCUCACGGAGCUCUCCACCUUCCUGUCGUUGGACACAAAGAGGAUAAUGGCGGAGAAAGCCACGACAAAUUCAAUUAUUGUUGGAUGCGUUAUACCACAGGUGGAGGUAACGCUCGUGAUGCCUUCGCAGACGCCCGGAAAGGAAUCCAGUGGUGGAGAUGGGGAGAGUGUUGUGCCGGAUUCAGCGAGUUUGGGCACAAAUACAGCCUGGCCAUCGUUGGAUCAUACAAAGAGCAUGAAUCCCUUUGGCAGUGUGGAGUCCCCAUCACCCACGGGAGAUCCUUCCCAAGGUCUCGAGGGGUUCCAUCAGUCAAACCCCAAUACGCAUGGUAGAUACAACGUGCAAAUUCAGAGUCAACCAACAUCUAGUCAACCAGUGCCUCCGUCGCCGAGUGCCAAGACUGAACUUCUUAGCUCCCUCAAGGGUGGUCGAAAUCGCAAUUCCGUGAGCGAUACGAGUUUCACGCGUGAAAUCAACACGGGUAUCAUGUCAAUCAAGAAGGGUUUUUCCACCAUGAUGACAUCCAUUGAUUCGGCACUGAAGGUGGGAACAGAUGAUGCCAGUGACACCUUCUCCAUACACAGUGAUCUGAGUUCGGAUUCGGAGAACUACAUUAUGGUGGAGGGUACGGCUGAUUGUAUGGAUGUGAUGUUUAGAUUGAAUCCCUUUGCAACGGAUAGCAAUUUGAAAGCAUCCCCCGUGGAGAUGGCUAGUGAAGUGUGCGAAGAGCAAAUUGGGGCCUACAAGACGAAUAUUUCCUCACCAUCAGAACCAUCUGAAGCGAGUAUUUGGCGUCGAAGAGAUCUCGUUUCAAUGGCUACAUUUAGGUUAACAACAGUUGAAAUUAUCCGACAGAAUCAGGGUUCAGAUUCGUCGUUACGCCUACAAGUGGCGGCAGUUUCCUGUGAUGAAUGCGGAGCUAUUCCGUGGGAUGAAUUGCAGACUGGUCACCAAACGCCAAAGACAAAGUUUGGAGCAAGAUGUCGAGCGUGGAAUAUGGCUCCGUACAAUCCAGAGUCACCGCCUUGUAUUCAAGUGCGACUGGAGGAGGAACUUAAUGCCCCCGAAGACUUAGAAAGUGGAAUUAAGGAUAAGAAGAGUGUCCUGAGUUGGUUUUCACACAAAGUGGAUGUUUUAGUGAAGGAUCUCACAAUGCAGAUGUCCAUGAGCACAGUUAUUGGGCUCAAUGAUCUCUGUGAGGAUGAAGUGAUACCUCGGCCACUUCCUAUGGAUAUAACAGUCGAGAAUGUCCGACUGAAUUUAAUUGAAGAUCGUCCACCGGUGAAUAUUACCUCUCCGGGACCUAUUCCAAUAAAUUUAGCAAUUGGUCGGAUGAAAAUUGAGCGUGAUAAAUCGGGAAUCUUCUACAUUCAGCCUGAAUCACACGGCAUUCAGCGUGAUCAAAAUGCACCACAGGGUAGUCGAAAGGAGAGAGAUAGGGAAGUUAUUUCCCUUCAGUUGGUACUGCAGCAACUAAAGAUGGACAAUGAGAGUCUCAAGAAGCAAUUGACGUCUGCGGAGAAAGCUUCUGAAUCCCAUCAAAUAAGGGCUAAGCAGGAGAAUGAAGUGCUAAAGACGUAUUUAAAGGCAGCUCAGGAUGACAUAACAACACUUCUCGAUGAGAAACGUACACUAUUGGAUACAGUUAGAUCCCUCCAGCAACAACUCACGCAAGCUGAAACAAAUAAGAAUGUUGGGAAUAGAUAGCACCAUUGCAUGGACUGCAUACAAUGCUGUGGUGAGAAUAACAAUUCCUAGAUUGGGGAGAGAGAUAUAUAGCACAGCACAAUGCCCACAUGAGGGACACAUUCAGUAAGGUAAGGAAUGGUGGAAAAACACCCUCAACAUGUCGCAUUUACAUCAACCCAAGUGAAAUUCUUCCUGUUCAGCUUAGUGCAGAUAAUUUUUUGUUGUUGUUAAAAGCACGUUUCACACCAACUCACGUGCGUUUCUCAGUGCAAUUAAUUUGGCUUUUUUUUGGACCCAGUGAGUGUUAACAUUCCUGCAGCAAUUUACUGCAGCAAAGUCAUGUGUAUAGGAGUAGAUUUUGAGGAGAAAAUUUGCAUUUGAUGCGUCACGUGAAGGUGCCUCUAAUGAGUGCAAUAGAAACUUUUGUAAAAUUCAUUUUAUGUAUACGAGGUUGUUCUGAAUGUUUUAAGUUUUCUUUGUUCUUUUAUAUUAUAAUUCUCUUUAUAAUUUGCUCAACUUAUUUCAUUGCAGGAUUUAUUCACAGUUUAUAGUUAAAGAAAUGAACAAAAAGUUUGAUUUAUUGGUUGUAUAAGACAAAAUUCCUUCUCAAAGUUAAUCUUGAACUACAAUCUUAGAAGACAAAAUAGUUGAGAAUAAGGACCAUAAGGACCUAGGGCUGUAUUCUCUAAGAGUGAAAAACUCCCGUGAUAUACUCAUGAUGGCUUUUAUCAGGAGAAAAACUGGGAAAAUAAUUAAAUAACGUGAUAAACUCCUGCAAGAUUUUCCCGGUUUUCAUAUUUCUUUCUAAGCAGUAGAGCCUUCGUGAGUUUAUCACGGGAGUUUCUCAUUCUUAAGGCUACAACAGAUGGACGAUAAACUCGUGCAGCGAGGAUUUCGUGGCCUAUCGUCGCUACGGAUUGACCGAAAAACGUUCUCGUACGGUGCGUUGAGAAUGCGUGUCCCAUCUCUCGCUUCUGAUUGGUCAAAAAACCUCGCCGCAUGAGAAAUUUCUAGUUUAUCUGUUGUAGCCUUUAGAGAAUGAAGCCGGAAUAGCAUUUUCCACUGAAAUCUGCUGAGAAAAGGACUUAAUUUGUAAAAAUGCAACCAAUGACGUUAUUUUUGAAAUUACGGAUGAAAAACAAAAAAAAAAAGAGGCAAAAGUACGUUUUUUCGUGAAUUUUGAAUUCUAAGAAUUUAAAAAAAAAAAGAAAAUAGAAAAUAGAAAAUUACGGUUCUUAAAAAGAUUAAGAACACGUGAGAAUGUUAUUUUUCUGGAAGUUCUAAGCUUAAUUUUUAUUUUUGAUAUUCUUUUUUUUUAAAUAAAUUAUCGAAAGAGCCUCAAAAACAAUAAAAUUAAUAAUUUUUCGAAAAAGUGGACCUCUUCAAACGUUUGAUCGCAGCAGGAUUUUUAAGGAAAAUGAAUAUUUUAAAAAUUGUAAAUAUUUUGUUUUAAUCUUUUCACAAACAUUCAGAACAACUUAAAGCAAUUUUCUGUUGUAUCAAAUUUUUCUUUGUACGUGAAAAAAAAAUAUCAAAUAAUUUUCAUGCCGCUGAGCAAUUACAUUGGGUUGUCUAUUUUGGUAAAAAUAAAAUGUUUUUGUUUUCUGGGAAAAGAGAGAGAGAAAAUAAAGCCGAGAGAAUGAAAUAUUUAGUGCAAAAUGUUAUGUAUAAUGCAUAAUGCGGGAGGGAAUAAAGAGAGCAUGCAAAAAAAGAAUAAUUAUAUGAAGGUUAAAUGGGAGCAACAAAAAGACAUUAUUUUGGGGGUGAAUUUAAUGUGAGAGAGAGAGCAAAAAUUUAAGGAUUAUUAAAAUGGAAAUUUGAGCUAUUCAAAGUAAUUCUUGCAUAAAGAAGUACAUAAUUCAGUGAUCAAUUAAUUGAAAUUCAAAUAUCUCAAUUAAUAUUGACUUUUUGGUGUUCUAUACUUAGAAGUGAAGGGAAUAAACAGAGGAAUAUUAAUUAUGUUGUUGUGCAUAAACAGCUAUAUUUAUAUUUGCCCUCUUUUUUUGCGAAAAAGAGAAAGUGAGAGCGAAAAAAAUCACAGCUAAAAAGAAACAGGAAUUGGAAGGAAAACAAUUUAAUUAACAUAUAUAGUUAGAAUCCUCUGAGUGCUUAAGAGAGGGAUUGAGUGUUUAUGUGUUUUUUAGCUAGAUGAAAUAAAAAAAAAUUGUAAUAUUAAAUUAGAAAGUGAAAAAAAAAAGAGGAAUUCUAAUAGAACGUUAUUGAAAUUGACAAAGAAUUAAGUAUAAUUGUUGACUGUUUUAAAGAAUUUUCAGCUGAUAUAACAUUAAGGAAUUAUCUACAAUAUUGAAGAAAAUUUAAGUCUCCUGCUAUUCGUCAUUUUAGCAAAUCGCAAGAAAUGAAAAAAAAAAAAAAAUAAGAGGAAAAUCGAGGAAAAUAUUAUUUCAAUAUUUAAAUUGAGAAAGAUAAACUUGCAAGGGUUUUUCUUUGAAACUAACAGCAAAAGAAUCUACAAAAUGCAUAUCAUAUUAUUUUCCUCUGUAUUAUAAGUUUCAUUCUCUCCAGUAUUUUGCUGUGCAAUAGAUAACAAUGCUCUUCACUUUCAAUGAUAAAGGACGAAUGCUUUGGAAAGCAUUUUGUUAUUGUUCUUUUUGUUACGGGAUCUGUAUAUAAAAUCCUUCCAUCUCGGGUUGGUAUUUUACAGCAUUGCACUGCUAAAUGAUUCGUUUAAGCCACAAUUCUCCUUUUUUCAUUUCAAGUAUUGUUCAAGGAUUGAAUAGUUUAUGCUUGAAACAGCACAAAACAUUUUUUUUGUCUUGAAAAUUUCGUAGGGGUUGAUUCUGAUUAAAAUCUUUUCGUUUAUCUGCGAAAAAUAUUACAAGAUUUUGACAGCUUAGAUUUCCUUUUCAGUUGUGAUAAAAAAGGAAAAUCAUUUCUGGAAAUAUUUAAAGACUUUACUGAAAGAUUUCUCUAGGUCCGUAAAUGUUUUAUUUUUCGGUCAAAAUCUUCAAUAACAUUCAAAUUGUAGGAAAAGAUUUUUAACCCCUUCGCAUCCGUAUGAAACAUUCGCUCUUUUCUUCUCGAUUUUUAUUUUAUGGACGCUAUGAGAAAAUAUUUCUCAGUAAAAUCGUCUUCUUUGACACUGGAGGAUCGAGGUUUCUAAGCUAAAAAGUUUGACCUUAAUUUUCUCUUAAAAGAAAAUAUUUUUAAAAGUUUUCUUUCGACGAUAUUGAGGUAUUGAAACUUUCCUAUACACAGAUGUAAAAUUUAUCACGAAAUAUUAAAUAGAUUUUAAUUUUGUGGCAAUUGAAAAAAAGUCGAAUUGGUCACUUUAUCCAGCAAAAUCCUCCAAAAUCCUCCAGGAUUAACCUUAUUUACGUAAAUUCAACGCAUUUUUAACUUGAAAAAAAUAAUUAAAUCCAUAAAAUUCGGUGUCUAAAAUCUAAUGUUUCACACUUGGGUCAACGUAUGACCCAAAGAACGCGAAAGGGUUAACAGAAUUGAUCCCUUUUAAACUGAAAAAUCAAAUUAUUGGUUUUACAGACAAUCUUGAAAUUAUUGUAUUUAAAAACUCAAUUAAAAAAUCAAGAUCCUUCCAAUCAAUGAGGGAAAAAAUCAAUUUGACGCCUUAUUUUGUUUUCAGCGAUGCUAUGAUUUAUUUGUACCUCUAAAUGAUUUUAUAUUUCAAAAUCAUUCUAUAUUAUUAAAUCAUUUUUUCUAAAACUACAAAAGAUACAACCCCGGUGAUUAAAUUCAAUUCUCUGUGAGCUAAAGUUAUGCGAGAUUUAAAGAGAAGAAAAUAAAUGAAGCUUGAAUGUUUGCGUGCAUCCAGGAUGUGUGAAAAAAUAAAUAAAUGUAUGAUAAAUUCCAAAGAGUUGUGCCACUUUAUUAUAACAUUACAAUCUGCUGCAUAGACGAAACACGAAUGCAGAGAAAAAUUGCAAAUUCCUUAAAAAAUGAAUGUGAUUUUGUAAAAAAUAAAAUAAAAUCAGUCCGGAGGUUUUUUUUUAAAGAGAGAUAUUUUAGAUGAUUUUCCCAAUGAGAGAAAAAUUAUCAUAUCUAGAUUUUUUUAUUGAUAUUUUUACUAUAUAUUUCAUGUUUUACCAUGAAAAUCGUUGUAUAAGAUUUUAUUGGACUGAGAUUUAUGUUUUUUUUAUUACAUACUUAGCAAAUAUGAUAUUUCUUUUCUUUUUUUUUGUGGGAGAAAUGAAUUCCGUUGCAUUCGCAUUUUAGUUUUUCGCAAAGAGGAAUGAAGAAGUGAAAAGACACUGAAAAAAAGAAAGAGAAUGAAGUGUAUGUGAAAUAGUAAUAAAAUAAAAAAAUUGCAACAGGAGGAUAUAAAUAAAUCAUGUAAAUGGGAUAUAAAAUAAAUUUGAAUUUUCUGAAA